CAUCCUCGACCAUCGUGUAAACGUAUCGACUGAUUUCAUUGGCUAAAAUUCUGCACAUAGUGGACAGCAAUUUCAUCGUCAAACGCGUGAAACUGCGUGAAAAGGAGAAGAAAGAGGGGGAGUUUGAAGAUCAUAACAAAAAAAACAACACACGACCAUGACUAGGAAAAUUGUGUCUCUAAUAUAGACACAUUUAGGGAGUGAACACAAGAUUAUAUGGCUGCUAAUGGUCUUUCCCUGCCCCUAGGAGAAAAGAGUAACUGGUUUAUCUUAACAUGUCUGGAGUGCCCCUUCUAAAACGUGCAAGAGCUGAAAGUACAACAGUCCUCUCAGCAAUAGAAGCUUGCAGCAAAGAAGUCUCAAAUUUAAAAUUAGUAUUUAACCAACGAUUAGGAAGUAUUGAAAAUCACAUGGACCUUAUUACAGCAGGAUGUAAUACCAUAAUUACGAGAAUGGAUGCUCUGGAAAACUUUGUACAAAAUUAUGUGAAAUCUGACAGUUUUAGACACUCAUGUUGUGAAGAGGUUCUCCAGAGAAUGAAUACAAUAGAGGAAAUGUUAAAAACUACAUCUCUGACACAACAAAUUUCAUUUAAAGAUGAAACUGAAGUCACAAAUACAGAAAUAUCAUCUCCAAUAGUGUUAGUACGUAAUCACAAACCAGCUCAAGUUAGUGCAUCUCUGGGACUGGAUUCUACUCUGCAGGUCAUCACACUCAACAACAAGACAGACUUUCCUGAAGGAAGUUGGCUGGGAGAUGAAAAUAAUCCAGAAGCCAGGGUGCGAUGUGCUAUCACUCCAUCGAAUUUACUUCAUAUCAACACAUUCUGUCAAACCCCAGAGAAAAUGGCUGUCACUCUACUUGAUUACUUGUUUCCACGAGAGGUUCUUGCUGUGUCCAAUUUGUCAGGAAAAGGGAAACACCGCAAGAGACAGUUGGAUCCUCUCAUGAUUUAUGGAAUUCGAUGUCAUUUGUUAUACAAGUUUAACAUCACUGAAAGAGACUGGUAUAGGAUAAAGCAGAAUAUGGACUCUAAAUGCAGAACAGCUUGGAAGAAGAAAGUUCGAGGACUGCCACUUGGAGGGAUAAAGGGUUCCAAUCAAAAUGACGGUUCCUCUCAUCAGUUGCAUCAGAUAAUCUCAGAAGAUGGAGAAUCUCUAAUUGUUGCAGCUGAUUCAUAUGUAGGAGACGAUUCUGUUGAAGCACUGGAAGCUCAGGUUAUUCACACUUCACAGGGUGAUAUCAAAGUUUUACACGCAACACCUGAACAGCUUGUUCGUUUACAAGAGACGCAUCAUAUUCAAGUUCUGAGUGAAGAUCAGAUUUUGCCAGUUCUACAUGAACAGAUAAUGGAGUCGGAAGAUACUGUAGUUGAGACAGCUGAUUCACUAACACUAGGCUGUACAGAUCAGACAUUAACAAUAGUAACAUCAACAGGUGAAGUGAGUGUGGAUGUAGCAAGUAUUGCAAGUGAUCACAGGCAACUGGUGGAGACACAAGACAUUCACAUAGAGGGUGCACAAGUGUUGCAAAUGGAAGACAGUGGAGAUUUGGGAGUAGUGGAAGCAAGGGAUAGAGUUAUGGAAGCAGGUGAAUUUACUACACUUGACUGACAACACGUCACCCUGCAAAACUAAGGCAACUGAAGUGAAUUUACAAUUCAGUGAAAAUAUUACAAGAACUAAGUUUGUUCAAUUCAUCUCACAGUUGUAAAAAGUAAAAGUAUCCCUGUAACAGGCCAUGAAGGCCCAUAGGGUUGUGAGAUGUUGAGGUUUCCACAUUU